AUGGUUGGUAAUCCAGAACGCCCUGAGCCAAUGCAACGUCGAAAAUUACCCGAAGCACCGUGGAUAGACCUCGCUAUCGACUUCUUAGGACCUUUACCAUCAGGAGAUUAUCUUUUAGUAAUUAUCGAUUAUUUCAGUCGAUAUAAGGAGGUUGAGAUCAUGCGUAAAAUUACAGCGGGAGAGACAGUUGAACGAUUAGAGAAAAUCUUUACCAGGUUGGGAUAUCCAAAAACACUUACGCUGGAUAACGGACGGCAGUUUGUAAGUACUGAAUUCGACAAUUACUGCAAAGUAAGAGGCAUCACAGUUAACAGAACAACGCCGUACUGGCCGCAAGAAAACGGUUUGGUUGAGCGCCAAAAUCGUUCUCUGGUAAAGCGUUUAAAAAUAAGCCAAGCAUUGAAUAGAGAUUGGAAACACGAUUUGUUGACUUACCUAUCUAUGUACUAUUCUACGCCCCAUAGUACGACUGGUAAAACUCCAUCCGAACUCAUGUACGGCAGAAAUGUAAGAACGACGAUUCCAGCCUUAACCGACUUAAGUUCUGCGGUGCCGUGUACUGACUACAGAGAUCGAGACCAACUAGCUAAACAGAAAGGGAAGGAACAUGAGGAUCGGCGUAGGCGUGCCAAGCUGUCUGAGUUAGUUGUUGGAGAUAAGGUCUACAUGAAAAACGUUCUUCCGGGAAAUAAGCUCACUCCCACUUUUGAUAACAAAGUCCUGACGGUCAAGUCCAAACAAGGGCCUAGAGUAACGGUACAGAACGAUGAAACGGGUAAGCUGUACGAAAGGAAUUCAACCCAUCUUAAAAAGAUUUUAAUUGAUAACUCUCUAGCCAAAGAUAAUCCCGUAGAUGAUGAUGGCAGCGAUACCGAGGAUUUCAGAGGGUUUCCAGAUGAGUCAGGGAACAAUGACGCAUCGCCGUCACCCUCGACUGCCGUCGUAGAUAUUGGGAAGCGUAAUAAGAGACAGCGGAAAAUCACUAUGCCUAAACGGUUGGACGAUUGUUUGAUGAAAUUCUAA